UGGGGGGGAAGAGGAAGAAAAAGAGCCUCAUAAUUUCGCCUGCAUUCCUCCAACUGCCCCGCUCCGCGCCUGCCCUGCCAUCUUUGCACAAUGCACUUGCUGGAGGUGCUCUCCCUGGGUUGCUGCCUUGCUGCCGGCGCUGUGCUCCUGGGACCCCGGCAGCCGACCGCCGCCGCCGCCUACGAGUCCGGCCAGGGCUACUAUGAGGAGGAGCCCGACGCGGGAGAGGCAAAGGCUCAUGCAAGCAAAGACCUGGAAGAACAGUUGCGGUCUGUGUCCAGUGUGGAUGAACUCAUGACAGUACUUUACCCAGAAUACUGGAAAAUGUUCAAAUGUCAGUUGAGGAAAGGAGGUUGGCAACACAGCAGGGAACACUCCAGCUUUGACACAAGAUCAGAUGAUUCCUUGAAAUUUGCCGCAGCACAUUAUAAUGCAGAGAUCCUGAAAAGUAUUGAUACUGAAUGGAGAAAAACUCAAUGUACGCCACGUGAAGUGUGUGUGGAUGUGGGAAAAGAGUUUGGAGCAACUACAAACACCUUCUUUAAACCCCCAUGUGUAUCCGUCUACAGAUGUGGAGGUUGCUGCAAUAGUGAAGGACUACAGUGUAUGAAUAUCAGCACAAAUUACAUCAGCAAGACACUGUUUGAGAUCACAGUGCCUCUCUCGAACGGCCCCAAACCUGUAACCGUCAGUUUUGCCAAUCACACAUCCUGCCGAUGCAUGUCGAAGUUGGAUGUUUACAGACAAGUUCAUUCUAUCAUAAGACGUUCCUUGCCAGCAACACAAACUCAAUGUCAUGUGGCAAAUAAAACCUGUCCAAAAAAUCAUAUUUGGAAUAAUCAAAUUUGCAGAUGUUUGGCACAGCAUGAUUUUGGGUUCUCUUCUCACCUUGAAGAUUCUGACACAUCUGAAGGAUUCCACAUUUGUGGACCAAACAAAGAGCUGGAUGAAGAAACCUGUCAGUGCGUCUGCAAAGGAGGUGUGCAGCCUUCAAGCUGUGGACCUCACAAAGAAUUAGACAGAUCAUCAUGUCAGUGCAUGUGCAAAAACAAACUUCUUCCUGCUUCCUGUGGACCCAACAAGGAAUUUGAUGAAGAUAAGUGCCAGUGUGUAUGUAAAAAGACCUGUCCUAAACAUCAGCCACUAAAUCCUACAAAAUGCACCUGUGAAUGUAUAGAAUCUCCCAAUAAAUGCUUCUUGAAAGGAAAAAGAUUCCAUCACCAGACAUGCAGCUGUUACAGACCACCAUGUACAGUUCGAACGAAACGCUGUGAAGCUGGAUUAUAUUUCAGUGAAGAAGUGUGCCGCUGUGUACCCACAUAUUGGAAAAGACCGCUUAUGAAUUAGUGAAGAGAGCACUACUUGCUAUUUUGGUGUACAUUUUUCUAUUAGAACAAAAGAACAACAGAAACUUUGCUAAUAGUCGGAAUGAAAUGUUCACCAGAGACCCUGUGGGGCCUUCAGAGACAGACUCAUUAUGCUUUUCUCAAGAUGUGGAAAGCAAAUGUAGAAAAUAACUGAGGUUCACGUUUUGUAAGGAACUCAAUAAGGACUUAUUUUCUGCCAAUGACCAAACAGCCUAGGUUCUCCUUCUUGUGAUUUUUUUUUAAAGAGAUAAUGACUAUAUAAUUUAUUUCCACUAAAACCAUUGUGCAGCAUUUCUGUUUAUAGCAGUAACAAUUGUUAAAGCUCACUGUGAUCAAUAUUUUUAUAUCAUGCAAAGUAUGUUUAAAAUAAAAUGGAAAUUGUAUUAUAUAAUGGUGAGAAUGUUUAAUCAUCUGCCUAAAGAAAGUAACUAUAAUUCAGCUUUAUUAUCAGGGUUCUUAAAAGGGAGAAAGGCAGUUGAGAAAAAGCACUUUAAUGAAAAGAAGACUACAGCCACUUUCUCUUACCUAUUGUAUACGUCAUUUGAAAUAGGAGUUAUACUUAACGUUUCAUGACCUACUGAUAUUUCUGUCUCUAGAAGAAAACUGGCCAAGCAAGUACCAUUAGUAAAUAAUGAAAACAUUGCCCAAGGAUAAGGAUUAGAUUUUAAAGGACAGAAUCAACU